AUGUCGAACUCGAGAUACAAGAAGAUCAAAUUCUAUUGUCCAAGAAGCUCCCCCUCUAUGCACGGAAUGGUUUCUAAAGGAAACACCUAUGUUGUCAUUGUAGACAAGAAUACCCAGACCUAUCCGCCUACCUGUAAUUCAGAAGCCUGCCUAUUAUCUGACCUACUCACGAACCCAAACAAAAGCGAGUCACCUUGGCCAUCAUCUAUACCAUUACUCCACCAAGGACCUCGAGUGCACCAAAAGGAAGAGCGCAAAUGUUCCGGCCCAGAGAUCUUCGUUGGCGGCUACCAACUAGCACAUACAUUUCGCAGCUUGGCCUCUUCCGGCAGAUAUGACAUAGGAGCUUGA